AUGGCGUCGUACAGGCCUUACGCGCCGCCGCAGCAGCAUCCGCCGCCGCCGCCACCACCACAGGGUGGCUACCCGCCGCAGAUGAAUCCGUACGCGCCGCCGCCGCAGCAGGCGCCGUACAGCAGGAUGCCGGCGCCGCCUUACCACGCGGGGCCCCUGCCGCCGCUGCCACCCGGCCCGCCACCACCUCACCAACCGCAGUUCAAUUUCGGUCCCGGGCCUCAGCAGCAGCCCCCGCCCCCGCCGCAGAUGUACUACCAGCCGCCGCCACCGCCCUACGGCGGGAACAGCAACCCGCCUCCUCCUCCCCUUCGGCACCACCCCGCCUCCGUCCCCACCCCUGCGGCCCCGCCCCGCCCCUCCGCCUCCGGCCCAGCCACCGUCUGCCCAGGCCCCCCGCCGCCCCCAAAGCAGCAGCAGCAGCCUAAAGCAACGCUGCCGCGAGCGGAGACGGAGGAAGAGCGUCGCGCACGGAAGAAGCGCGAGUUCGAAAAGCAGCGGGUGGAGGACCGCAAGCAGCAGCAGAUGAUGCGCCAGACACAGGCCGCCAUUCUGCAGAAGACGCAGCAGCGCGCUGCUCAGCAGCAGCCGCAGAGCCGCCACCACCACCACCAGCCUCCGGGUGGCACUCGGGCAGCGGCAACUGGUUCUCGGGCAGUGGCAACUGGGUCUCGCCCGACAUCAGCGCCUAAUGCUGAGAGGUUUGAGAACCGGCUAAAAAAGCCAACAACGUUCCUCUGCAAGCACAAAUUUAGGAAUGAACUCCCUGAUCCAAGUGCUCAGCUGAAAUGGCUGCCCCUGAAUAAGGAUAAGGACCGAUAUACCAAAUACAGGAUAACUUCAUUGGAGAAAAACUACAUUCCUAAAAUGAUUGUCCCUGAGGAUCUUGGGAUACCUCUUGACCUACUUGACAUGAGUGUAUACAACCCCCCAGAUGUUCAGCCGCGCAUGGCUCCUGAAGAUGAAGAGCUAUUGCGUGAUGAUGAGGUCCUCACCCCUAUUAAACAAGAAGGUAUAAGGAAAAGGGAGAGGCCCACUGACAAAGGUGUUUCUUGGCUGGUCAAAACACAAUACAUAUCUCCACUAAGUACUGAUGCAGCCAAAAUGUCCCUUACUGAGAAGCAAGCAAAGGAAAGGCGGGAAUCAAGGGAGGGUCGCAAUGCUUUCCUAGACAAUCUUAAUGAUAGAGAGAAACAGAUCAAAGCCAUUGAAGAAUCCUUCAGAGCAGCCAAGUCAAGGCCUGUUCACCAGACUAAACGUGGGAUGCAAGCUGAGUGGGUUAUGCCUUUGCUACCUGAUUUUGAUAGGUACGAGGAGCCAUUUAUUAUGGUGAAUUUUGAUGGCGAUCCAACUGCUGAUUCUGAGCAGUACAACAAACUUGAGAGAUCUGUACGUGAUGAAUGUGAAUCCCGGGCUGUGAUGAAAAGUUUUAGUGUCAGUGGUUCAGACCCUACAAAACAAGAGAAGUUUUUGGCAUACAUGGCCCCAGCACCUCAUGAGCUUACCAGAGACUUGGAUGACGACUAUGAUAUCCAGUAUUCCUGGCUAAGAGAAUAUCACUGGGAAGUAAGAGGAGAUGAUAAAGAUGAUCCUACAACAUACCUUGUCACAUUUGAUAAGGAGGAGGGUGCAAAAUAUUUGCCUCUUCCUACUAAGCUAGUUUUGCAGAAGAAGAAAGCAAAGGAGGGGAGGUCUGGGGAUGAAAUUGAGCAUUUUCCAGUGCCUUCCCGUAUUACUGUGAGCAAAACAGCUCAUGGUGGUACCAUGGAGCGCGGAGAAUCUUCCGGCUUGCAUGUGAAUUCAAAGCCACGAAGAUCUCAUGUUGAUGAUGAUCUUGAUGAGCAUCCAAAGCGUUCUCGAGUAGAAGAUAUUGACCAAUAUAGUGGCGAAGAAUAUUCUGAGUGA